CCCAGUAAAGUGGCCUCAGUACGGUUAAGACCUACGCUGCAGCCAUCUCCUGUCACGAAGGGUGUGGUGACAGGACUGUGUUUAUUCAACUGUUGGUGAAGCGUUUCUGAAGAGGGUGCAGAGACACAGACCGGUGUCACGGCCUGUCGCUCCACAGUGGGAUUUGGCUGCCCUCUCUGUGGCCCCGUAGCGUCUCGUGGUGCUUUCAGACCAAAAGCGAAGUGAGCGUUUGGGGCGAGGACUAGUAAGCAAAGGGAAAAAGAGAAAAUGGACAGUUUUAAAUUACGGAAAGCUGAACCCAACGAUGUGUCUGAUAUCCUACGACUCAUAAAGGAACUUGCUAAAUUUGAAGAGAUGGAGGAGAAGGUCAUGCUGACAGAGAAAGAGCUACUUGAAGACGGCUUUGGGGAUCAUCCAUUCUACCACUGCUUAGUUGCUGAGGUCCCAAAAGAGCAGAGCUCAGAAGGAUACACUGUGGUUGCCUUUGCCAUGUAUUACUUCACAUAUGACCCUUGGAUUGGAAAGCUUCUAUACUUGGAGGACUUCUUCGUCAUGCAGGAAUUUCGUGGUCUUGGCAUUGGUUCAAAAAUCCUGAAGGUUCUGAGUGAGACUGCAGUGAAGACUCGCUGUAGCAGCAUGCACUUCAUUGUAGCAGAAAACAACACAAAGUCUAUUGAGUUCUACAAGCGGAGAGGAGCAGCUGAUCUCUCCUCUGAGGAGGGCUGGCGUCUUUUUGAGAUUGAAAAGAGGGAUCUACUGAAAAUGACUGCCAAAUAGAGUUUACUGUCACUUGUACUGCCUGUUGGUGAUAACAAUAAUCAUGUUUUGUUUGAUCAGUGAUUUGACACAGUUUUAAUAAACACAUUUAAAAAUCAA